AUGCGCGCAAUUGCAAUUAAUAAAUGGUUAGAAAAUGUUGACGAAAUUUCUGUUUCUGAUAAUGUACCUGAACCAGAAUUGGUCAAAGGACAAGUGUUAGUUCAGAUAAAAGCGAUUGGUCUUAAUUUCUUUGAAAUACUAGAGGUACAAGGAAAAUAUCAACAAAAAUUUCCAUUUCCUUUUAUUCCAGGUGCAGAGUUUUCUGGAGUAAUUAUAAAAAUACACCCAGAAACCAAAAACAGAAAGCUAAAAAUUGGUGACCGUGUUUUUGGCCAAGCACGAGGAACAUACGCAGAACGAGUUGCCGUACAAGCAACAAACCUACAUCCGAUUCUGGAUGGAAUGAGUUUCGAGGAUGCAGCCGGGUUGUUCAUCACGUAUCCGACAAGUUAUGCUGCUUUGGUACUUCGUGCCCAAUUGAAGAGGAAUGAAUGGUGUUUGGUGCAUGCGGGUGCAGGCGGUGUUGGUAUCGCUGCUGUGCAGGUUGCAAAGGCUCUGGGAGCUAAAGUAAUCGCGACUGGAGGUUCAAUAGAGAAAUUGGCAGUUGCAUCACAGAAUGGAGCAGAUUAUGUUAUAAAUUAUAGGGAUAAAGAUUGGACAAGACAGGUAAAGAAAAUUACGGGUGAUCAUGGUGUCGAUGUGGUAUUUGAUCCCGUUGGGCUCAUAGAAGAAUCAAUGAAAUGCAUAGCAUGGAAUGGUCGAUUAGUAGUAAUUGGAUUUGUGAGUGGUAAAAUCGAAAAAAUAUCGAUGAACCGUGUCCUUUUAAAAAACUGUGCAAUCCUGGGUUUAUUCUGGGGUGCACAUUACGAAUACGCAGAAGAAACAGUCCCGGUAGUUUGGGAUGCACUCUUACAUCUAUUCAGAACCGGACGAUUACGUCCAGUUGUUUAUCCUAAAGUGUUUGAUGGAUUGGAAAAUGUUAAAGAGGGAUUGAAAGCGUUGGAAGGUAGGCAAACAUUUGGAAAGGUGGUCGUUAGACAGAAUAGUAGUAAAACUGAUAAUGUUGUGCAGAGUAAGAUUUAA